CGCAAAGGUAUUUUGAUCAGUAUAGGUUUGACUCUCCGACUGACACUGGGAAAACAUAGAAUUCCGGAAUAUUUGAAAUUUAUAAGUUGUACAUGAAAACUUUAAGCGAAAAAUAAAUAUCGGCGUUUAGAUAAAAAAAAGAUUUAGUAAAAAGCUACAAUUAAAGACGCUAUGAAAAUAGAUACGUUGACGCCAGGAGUGAAGAGUUUGGUUUAUUUUGUAUGUUUGACGUUGACGUUAUUCGAUGUCGAUGCCCGGAAUUUACGAAGCCUGUCACGUGAGAACACAUUAUGUAAAGGGGGUUCUGUGGUGGAUAUAGAGGGAGAUGCUGGGGUGAAGAUAGAGCCAAUAGAACAAAGUAAGGUCUACAUAGACACCCUCUCAGAGCCCUUCGACGAUGGGCAUACGUUCAGGUUCGAGUUCAAAACGCACUCCGGGAACGGCACAUUGUUUUACGCCGUGCGACGUAACGACGUGUUCGAUAUGGUGUCUGCUGAGAUCCGCGACGGUUACGUUCAGUUUAAAGUCCGUUGUAAGUCAUCGUACGCCGACCUAACCAUCCCCAAGUUCCGUGUCAACGAUGGAGAGUGGCAUAAAAUAAAAUUCCACAGGAAACGGCGAAAAGGCAUCUUCAUGUUGGAUGACAUGGAGUUUUUCGAGCAAUACUACGUGGGUUGUCAGGGUUUCACCUCCUUAAAUUUUGGGAACACAAAUUCAGAGCACGAUGAUUCAAUCAGUGUACAGGAGCUUCAGCCAAAGAAUGGACAGUUUGAAGGAUGUAUACGAAGAGUAGAAAUAAGUACCGGCAUAGAGACCCCACCUAAAUAUACCGCCAUCUCACUUUGUAACUGACAAUGGACGCGAAGUAGUGCCAUGAUAUUCCUCAGUAUAUCUGUGCUCGCAUGUUCGAAGGCCGCUAACGACAAAGGUUUACAAACGUCCUGCAAAGUUUGUUUCCUGCGAAUCCGCCCUUCAUCCGAAUCGGCAUGAACGUAUGCAUGCCAUUUGGAUAGAUUCACAAAUGAGUAUUGUUAUAAAGUUCGUGAUUGUGUUACGAUGUCCCAAAACUGAUCAGUCUAUUGUCACUAUCUUUUGUAUCAUUAAUAACACUGAACACUAUAUAAGUGUGUUUCACAGACUUUUCAUUAAUUGGAAUGUAGCAAAUAUUGCAAAUAGUAUUCGUACAUGUAACAUAUAUUAGAAAUAAUGUUGUUGUUUUUUCAGAACGUAAUACACACUGUAUGCAUCAUUGUUAUGAAAUCCGUCCAAUUGUUGUGCUUAUUUGAAAUUUUAAAAUAAAUUUGUGAAAUAAUGAUGCUC